GCUUCUCGAAUUCAGACUCUCAGACUCUCAGACAGGGAAUGACGACGAGUGCUCGAGUCAAGAUUGUCAAUGCGCGGAUUUGGACGCCGAUUGGAGUGCAAUCGUGGCUCACGUUCGACCAGGCGACUGGCACCAUUCUUUCGAUUGGCAGCGGCAGUAGCAGUAGCAGCAGUAGCAGCGAGUCGGAUGAUGGCGCUACGACCGCGACGACUGCUGCAGAGCCCGAUAACGCUGUUCGAGUGAUCGACCUCGGCGGGCGGAUUGUGCUGCCGGGACUGCAGGACGCGCACAUCCACCUCAUGCACAUUGGGCACGAGAUGGCCAAGUUGCAGCUGCGAGGCACCAACUCCAUUGCCAGCCUGCAAGAAAAGCUUCGCCAGUAUCACGCGACAAAAGCUGCCUCCAUGAACGAAGCCGAUCGAGCUACCCAAUGGCUUGUGGGUGUCGGAUGGGACCAAGACACCCUCGGCUUACCCUCUGGCGUGUACCCGUCUCGACACGAUCUUGAUGCUGCCGUGCCUGCCAAUGUGCCUGUCGUGCUCUUUCGGGCUUGCUACCACAUUUGCGUUGCUAGUACUGAAGCGCUACGGCUUGCUGGACUGCUUGGCUCAAAUCCAGUCACUGUGCCAGCAGGCGGAACCGCCGAUCGAGAUGAAUCGGGCGAGUUUACUGGAAUUUUGCGCGAGAAUGCAGUCGUGCUCAUCUACCCGUUUGUGCAAGACAACAUUCCGCGCAUCCUGCAAAAGCGCUAUCUCGAGGCCGGUCUUCAAUCUUGCCUGCGAAAUGGCCUGACUGCCGUUCAAACCAAUGAUGCCUGCGCCUGGGACUUGUACCAAGAGCUUCAGAGCGAGGGGAAAAUGCCGAUUCGCGUCUUUUUGACUCUAAUGCACGACGAGCUUGUCAGCCCUCCCACGCAGUUUCAAUCCGUGGUUCCCGCCCCAAAGCAGCAGGAGGGACUUUUGUCGUGCGAUCGAGUCAAGCUGUUUUCAGAUGGCUCGCUGGGCGCCGAGACGGCAGCCCUUCGCGCUCCGUACGCCAAUUCGUCCUCCAAGGGACUCUUGAUCUUGACCGACGCCGAAAUGAACGCAAAGGUCCAGCUGGCCCACGAUCGCGGCUUCCGCUUGGAGAUUCAUGCGAUCGGAGACGCUGGGGCAGAGCAGGCCAUUCGUGCGUUCGAGUUGGCCGGCGCCACCGGACCCGUCCAUCGCCCGAUUCUGACGCAUUGCCAAAUCUUGGGCUCGGACUUGAUUGACCGGAUGAGUCAACUCGGUGUUGUUGCAGAUGUUCAACCGCCGUUCGUCGGAACCGAUUGCGCCUGGGUGGCCAAGCGUCUAGGCGAUGGAUCUGACGGGAGCGCGGCACCGGGAGUGGCCGAGCAUCUCCAGGACCGUCUCCGCUCGUCCUACGCCUGGAAGACACUGCUGACGCGCGGAAUCCAUGUUGCAGGCGGCAGCGACGCUCCUAUCGAAACAUGCAGCCCGUUCGUCGGCUUGCACUCGGCCAUCUUCCGCCAGCCACACGGUGCUCCGCGCGAAACCCCUGCGUGGAUGCCGUCCGAGUGCCUGACGUUUGCGGAGGCAAUGCAUCUCUACACUGACGGUGCUGCGUACGCAGCCUGCCGAGAGACGACGCUGGGCACCCUUGCUGCAGGAUUUGCCGCUGAUUUCGUCGUGCUAGAGUACAACGACGUUACCGAUCCUGUGGGCAGAGGAUUGGCGACCCCAUGGGCUGAUCCGCACCAACUGCUCAACGUUCACGCGGCUCAGGUUUGGGUCAACGGACAGCUGCGGUUGGACGUUGCCCAGGCGGCGUCUGCACACCCGCCUGUCGGAGGUGCCGCUGAAUGGACGGCAGGAGUGGCUUCCUGCGUCUGUCAUCGUGCGUUCUAGCGGAGAGGCACAACAAAUGUCAUGUUGCGAACGUUUUGAAAGCUCUACAGUGUUUUGUAACUUUUAAACCAUUGGAGCAAUCGGGUUUAGCUUGGAGAGUAAAUUGUG